AGAUAUAAGAGUUAUCAAUAAUAAUAACCGGUCAGUUCAUUUGUAGUCUCGAGUGCGCACAAUCAACAUUAUUUUAGAAAGAUAAAUUAUAACACUCUUAAGUUAUAAAACAAUGGAAGAAUAUAAUUGCAAUGUCCCUACGAUCGAGUUUGACCCGAUGUGCGAUAAGGAGAACCCCCAGAAGAUCUCCUUCGAGGAUGUCUCCGCCGCAGCAUUCCGCAUACAGAGUGGGAUUGUAAAAACGCCAUGCGUGAAAUCUCACAUGUCUGGAUUGUACGGCAUGGACAUUUACCUCAAGAAUGACUUCCUGCAACACACAGGAAGUUUUAAGGAACGAGGAGCGAGGAACGCAUUGCUCCUACUAUCAAAAGAAGCGAAGGCGCGGGGUGUGAUAUCCGCAUCUUUAGGCAACCACUCGCAAGGGUUGAGCUACCACGCCAAGCUGCUCGGCGUGCCCACCACUGUGGUUAUGCCGAACGUAGCACCCAUCAUGAAGAUACAGAAAUGCCAAUCGUUCGGUGCCAACGUCAUCGUGCACGGAAACGAUAUGAAGGAGGCCAAGUUCCACGCUAUGACGCUCGCUAAGGAAAGGGGGCUCACUUACAUCAAUGGAUACGACCACCCACACAUAAUGGCGGGACAGGGCACCAUGGGCUUGGAGAUUCUGGAGCAGGUGCCUGACGUGGACGCGGUGUUGGUGCCGGUGGGCGGCGCCGGGCUACUGGCCGGGGUAGCCACCGCCAUCAAACACCUCAACCCGCACGUCCUCAUAUACGGCGUAGAAACAGAAAAAUGCCCUAGUAUGGAGGUGGCGCUGAAGAACAACGAGCCUACCAGCGUGGAGAUACGAUCUACGUUAGCCGACGGCCUCGCAGUACCCACAGUCGGCUACAACGCGUACCGCACAGUCAAGCCCAUCAUGGACAAACUGAUCACAGUGAAUGAGGACUGGAUAGCGCGCGCGAUCCUGCGUCUGGUGGAACAAGAGAAGUUCGUGGUGGAAGGGGGAGGAGCGGUGGGCGUCGCCGCUAUCAUGGCUGGACUCGUGCCCGAGCUCGCCAGCAAAAAGAUCGUAUGCAUCCUGUCCGGAGGUAACAUCGAUAGCACCAUCCUGGGACGGUGUCUGGAGCGCGGGCUGGCGGCCGAGCAGCGGCUGGUAAAGUUCAAGGUGACGGUGAGCGACCGGCCCGGCGGCAUCGCCGAGCUGUGCAAGCUCAUCGCCUCCAUCGGCGUCUCCAUCAAGGAUAUCAUGCAGGAGCGCGCCUGGGUCUACGGAGACAUCUUCAGCGUCCGGGUUAAAGUAGUGUGCGAAACUCGGGGCCCCGAGCACAUGGAGGAACUACGGGAAAUGAUUUCAAAUUCGUACAGAGAAUACUGUUUCAUAGGCGAGACGGAUCCGUUCUCGCGCCAAAACAGCUGCGCCUCCAUCGACAACGUCUCACAAUAAACAUAACACCAUAAUGUUAAGGAAGUCCACAUAAACGGAAGAAACAGAUCUCUGGCUAGAAAACAAACUGAUGAAAAGCAUUUUUGUAAUAUCAUUUGUAUAAUGUCUGACAGUCUUCUUUGCUACAUUUUGUAUAGACCUACGUAGUAGGUCCGUAGCAAAUACAAUAGCUACGAAUGAUCGUAGCAAAUUCUAAUGUAGGGCCAAUAGAAUUAGCUAUCCCAGGAAAGGGAAUAAUUAAUUUUUCAGUUUUACUGAAGUUAAUGCUGCCUCUUUUUGCAAUAAGAAUAGAAUGAGACAAUACGUGACGUGUUGUCCAACAGCAGCAACUCACAGCAAUGACUAAAGGGAGAAUUUCAAAAGCGUAGCUGAUUUCGUAUUCGUAGCACGAUAUUGUACGUAGCUAUAGUUCCUGUAGCACAAGAACAGAAAAGAUAAUAGCUAAUAAUAGAAAAGGACAGAAUUUCCUGGUACACAAUUACAAAAGUUUGAUGAUAUUUGGAUGUUAAAUUGCUGUGACUUUGUAAGUUAAAGUAGACAAUGGUUUCGAUUCUCUAAACCUAAAACUAAAUUUAACAUCAGUCUCUUAAUCUAUAAAGAGAGUGACAAGGAUACGAUGUUGUAAUUUUUUUAACAGUUACACAGACUACAAUACACUACUAGAGUCUGUGCGGAAAGAGAAAGGGCGUGGUGAAAAACGUAACUAACAUUAAAAAAAAUAUUUGGCAAUCAAACCCAGCAAUCUCUAAAACGUCAAAGUUUUGUAUUAAUAUGGAUUUGUUUGUUGUUGUUAUUUCUUGCGGUUUUUUGUAUUUAAUCAUGUCUAAAAUGGGUAAAACCUUACAAAUAUGGUAGAAAAGCACUACAGCGCCCUCCAAUCUAUAUCCCAUUCUCUUUCCGCACAGACUCUAGAUAAAUUAUUUUGUUAAGGGCCAACUAGACAAAGUAUUGCCUUACCUAUUUUUUUUUAUUAUUAAAGAUUACCUACGAAAGUUUGCUUUAAUCACCUAUGCUUAGUACUAGAACAAUUCAUAUUCUUAAAGAUGUUCGAUACUCUGAGCUGUGCGUUGGUAUUUAAGUAAUGUUUUUAAAUACUGACUAAAAUAAGUUCCUUAUUGAUAGUUCCUAACAUUUGAAAAAAUACAAGUAAGAAAAUUAAUAUUAAUGUGUUAUUAAUAUUGCGUAAAGUACUCGUGAAAAGGUGAUAUUUAAUCGUAAUCUGUGCUUACAUAAAAUAUUAUGUUUUUUAAGGAAAAAUAAUAGGUUGGCGAAAAAUAAGGAAUAUAUACAUAUAUAUAUAUACAUAUAUGUAUGAAUGUCACCUUACCACGGGUAUCGAUACUUUACGAAAUAUUAUCGAUCACCAAUAAUUUAAUGGAUUUCAUGGUUUUCCCAGCCUUAUUAUGUUUAUUGAAAGAUAAAUGUGUUUUUCAAUUAUAUAAUUAUUUUUCUACGAAUACAUUUGUAAAUGUGAUAUAAAAAAAAAUGGGUGCGUGUACUUAUGUAGGCGCGUGAGAAGUUAUCCUUCUUUGGCAUCGUUUAAAAUUAGUUUUUAAUUGCAUGCAAAUAAUUAAUUACAAUAAAUUAAUAAAAAGUCUGGAAAAGGACACAGUCAAUAAAGUUCAGUUUUAAUUUGAAAAAAUAAAUAAAUAAUCAAAAUAUUCAAUUAAAAUCGCUACUGAAUAUAAUUUAUUAGAACAUAUGUGAUUUGCACUUGUAUGAAACACAAACACGUAUUCCGAAUAUACAAACUAGAAACAUGUGGAUAAAUAUUAUAAAUAUGAAUACCUAUAACUGUUACUUUAUUACAAAAAAUAAAGAUGUGGUUUUUGGUUCUACUACACCAAUGGUCAAGAGAUGGCGCUGCAGUAUCCUGAAUCGCGCUUUGGUUCCGUUGUUCCAGAUUAAUAAAUACUUUUCAUAGGCCUUCACAAUGCAGUCCUUAGCACCCACUAAAUAGAGAUUCUAUUUCUAUUUUGUUGGUAGAUUUUCUUAAUGGGCGGUAAACACAAAAGUAACGCAUGAAGUUGGUCGCUAAAGCGACCGACUUCAUGCUGUUAAAAUUUUGUGUUACAGUGAUGCGCGCGCAUCUUAAAAUUUCACUCUCAUCAUUUUUUCAUAACGCGCCUAAAGAAGUAUAACUUCAAAAACAUAUUUGAUGUUAAUGAUUUGUAUGAGUUACAUGUUUGAAGCACAUUAAAGAAAUUAUGUAAGCAUAAGCUUUAUUCAGGAAAACAGAUAAGCUUCACUGUGAUGAGUAAGGUAUUCAUUGUCUUCCUGAAAACGAUUAUGUAAGUUAAUUAAGUAUUAGAAUGUAAGUAAGCUAGUAGUGAAAGUAAAAACAUACAAAACCUGCAACUUAAGAAUCUAUUGUAACGCAUAAUGUUCUUUGCGUGGUUAUGAUUAUAUCUGUAAAUAUUUAAUGCAAUUAAAACUAAUACUUCAACUUCUCCUCCAACCA